AGAAAGAGAGCGAGCGAGAGAGAGAGAGAGAGAGCGAGAGAGAGGAGGAAAAAACAAGAAAAACAAGGAGCCAGGAGAAGGAACAAGGAGAUAAAAAGUCGAUAAAAGCAGAUUGAGAGGAGGCUCCGGACAAGCGACUGCUGCGCAUCAAAGGAGGGACCUUAUUGGAGAGCUUAUUGGAGACCAGCGCCGACAAACCCGACUCCGGAGGCGGAAUAUAACGGUGACACUCUGCCCUCCUGAGGAUUCGGCGAGACCCGCAGACCUGCGCGCCCAACCAUGGCCUUCCCAUCAGCUCCCUCUGUGCUAUGGAGUGUCAGCUUAUUGACAGUAUUACUCGCAGCUGCGGUUCACAGCAACUACGUCUAUGACGACGACCCCUUGCAGCCAGUGACUUCAGAUGAGACGGUGGCGGUGGGGGGCCAAGUGAGGCUGACCUGCCGGGUGGCCGAGUCCGACAACUCGUCUCUGCAGUGGUCCAACACGGCGCAGCAGACCCUGUACUUUGGAGAGAAGAGAGCGCUGCGAGAUAACCGCAUCCAGCUGUACCGCUCGACGUCCACCGAGCUCUCCAUCACCAUCGAUAACGUGCAGCUGUCCGACGAGGGCGACUACACCUGCUCCAUCUUCACCAUGCCGGUCCGCACCGCCCGCGCCACCGUCACCGUGCUAGGUGUGCCAGGUAAACCUCAGAUCUCUGGCAAUGAGGAGGCCGUGCAGGAGGGGGGCGAAGUCACCCUCACCUGCACCAGCACCGGCAGCAAACCCCCCGCCAAGCUGCGCUGGUACCAGGGAGACCGGGAGCUGGAAGGCCAUCCGGUCAUGGCGGAGUCCGAUCCGGGCUCCCUCACGUACACGGUGAGGAGCCAGGUCACCCUGACGGUGAGCCGGAGCGACGACAACGCGCUCAUCACCUGCGCCGUCGACCAUGAGUCGCUCGCCUCGGGGGACGUGAAGAGCAGCCAGGCCCUGCGGGUGCUCUUUUCUCCUGAGGUGCACAUUCAGCCACAGAGUGAUCUGCCCAGAGAGGGAGAGAGGUUUCAUCUUGAGUGUUUGGGCAAAGGCAAUCCUGAGCCCACCUCCUAUGAGUGGCUGAAGACAGAUGGAGAGCUCCCCCCGCUGGCCAAAGUGGACGGUGCCUUCCUGCGCUUCGAGAUGCUCAACAAAUCAGACAACGGCGUCUACCUCUGCAACGCCGACAACGGCAUCGGACAGAGCCAGGGAGAGUACAAACUCCUGGUGCAAGACGCUCCAGACAACACUUCAGACCCCACGGCCAUGUCGACCUCGUCGGGAGUGGACCACGCCGUGAUAGGAGGGGUGGUUGCCGUUAUCGUCUUCAUCCUGCUCUGCCUCCUCAUCGUCCUGGGCAGAUACCUCAUCAGACACAAAGGAACGUAUCUGACCCACGAGGCCAAGGGCUCGGACGACGCCCCCGACGCCGACACGGCCAUCAUCAACGCAGAGGGAGGCCACUCCGGAGCCGAGGACAAGAAGGAGUACUUCAUCUAGAGGACGGGGAGGAGGAGGAGGAGGAGGAAUGAAGGAGCAGGAGGAGGAGGACGUAGGGUGCGAGGAGCGGAGGAGAGGAGCGAAAGGAUGAAAAAAAAAGCCUCCAUUUGUCUUCACAACGCUUCAGUUCUUCACUCAGUCAGAGGGAUGGCGGGAAGGGAGGGGAGGGGAGGGGAAGGGAGGAGGGGAAGUGGAGGGCAAAGUUUUGGGGCGGAAGAACUGGGCAGGAUAAGCGGAUGAAUUGAGCUUCACCUGGUACAACCUUCUUUGCAUCGAUACAGGGAAGUGAGAUUUUGCACUGAUGUACGGAUGACAUGAAGUUACACACACACAUGCACACACACACACACACACAUGCAUUGACAUACACACUGUUUUGGGGGGGGGGAUAAAAACCCUCUUCUCGUGUACACGCUCAUAGAUACUCAGAUUAACACCAUGGGCCUCCUGCUAACACAAUUGUUUUUGAAUGACGCAUUCGCACAUUUUUAACACGAGCAUCGCAUCUCAUCUCUAACUAUCAGCGCCUCGAAGAAGUGUAACGGUACUCAAAAUUGUAAGUCACAUUCCAGCAUGCCGAGCUGAUGUACCACUGUCCACCCCCCCAUCUUCCUCGUUUGAACCCACCCAGGUCUUUCACGCUGUUUUUUCCCCCCCUCGUUCAAGUAUCCCCCGUGUAAAACUCCCUGAAAUGACACCUGUGCUGAUGGAGAGAUCCAUCGAAAGCAAAUGAUUACUGACAAAUAUAAUCUCUCUCUCUCGCUCUCACAGUGUAAUGUUGCUUUUUGGUUUGUUUUUUUUUUGUUUUGUUUUUUUUUGUUUUUUCCAAAUGCCGUCAGACCUCCUUCCCUCACCCUGCGUCCUCAUACAUGCCGGUAUGAGCCAACCCAGUUGAAUUCGCCCCAAUGCAGCACCACACGACACACCACACUCAUGCAAAAACAGCAUUCCCACCUCGCGCUGCCAGGCCGAGGGGCUCCGAUAUAAAUAUAUAAAUAUAUAUAUAUAUAUAGAAUUAUAUAGCAUUCUUUUUACUCGACAGAAAAUGUUUGGUGUGCUGUAAAUACACUAUCAUUUCUCUCUCUCUCUCUCUCUCUCUCUCUCUCUCUAUCUCUCUCUCUCCUUCUUGUACUCCUUUCUCUCUCUCUCUUCAUCUCCCUCUCUCUCUCCUGUAUCUCAUACGGUCUGUUACUGCAUUACAGUAACUUAUAUACUCAAAAAAAAAAAAAAAAAAAAAAAAGCCUGCCUGUUUUUAUUACAUGCGUGGAAAUGCCGAGUCGAAAAUAUCAAUAUCUGGGAAAAAAAAAAAAAAUGAAAAUAAUAACGAUAACGUUGCGAUGAAAACUAACCUUAACUGCAAAUAUUUGUAUGAGGAACGUUUUCUCUUUUUUUUUUUUUUUUUUUUUUUUUUUUUUUUUUGGUUUUCUCUCUUUUUGAUUGACUUUUUGGUUUAGUUUUUUUUUUUUUUUUUUAUUAUUAUUAUUAUUUUCUUGUCGGUUUCUCGGUGUGUUACUGUCAGUGUUAAAAGUUUACAGUGUCUGUCGGUUAGUCAGUCCGGGAGUCCAUAAAUAUGAUUUUUUUUGCGAUUUGUGUCGAAUUUGAGAUUUUUGGCCUAUCUUUUCUCUUUUAUCCACUUUGAUUGCAUUGGUCUUUCUUGAGUGUAGCCUACCACAUCGAUGCCGCCAUUUCCUCCCUGUGGUGAAAUGCUUUCUUGGCGCCCCCGCUGCCAAACACUAAGCUGUAGCAAAACCUUGGUGGAAAAAGGGCCUCGCAGCUGUGGAAGUGUUCUGUGUCGUCUGCCUGGAGUUUCACUGCCUGACGUGUGGAGUUUGACAAGCGUUUUUUUUUUUUGUUUUUUUUUUGUCUUUCUUCCACUCGGCAGCGGCUCCGGUGAAUGUACCUCAUGACUCCACCAUUUUUCUCCCCGCAGCAGAUUGCUUUUCUUGGCUGGAGCCGCCGAGCGCUAAAUUCAUUCAGUAGUGACAUCAUGACUUCCUCUAAGAAGCUGGCACAGUCACUGCUCUGGGAAGGUGAAACUGCUUGCCUGGUUUCCACCACUGGGCCAAAGAGGACCAGCCGCUGCCCACAUGCAUCAUGACAGUCGACUUCCCGACAAAACAGCCUCUCAAUUAUCAUCUGGGUUUGUUUGGUUUUUUUGUUAUUGCAAGCAGAAAUCAUUCGCCGGCUUAAGCGAAAGGAUCCAAUAAAUGAACGGUGUUUUAUUAAGGUUGGGACUUCGCCCUGGCACUGCCAAGCUCCACUUGGCCCGGUCGUGGAAAUUGAUUGCAAUCUAACUAAGAGGCUUGGGGCUUCAGACUGAACGGUUGCCAAGGUUUGGCUCGGCGGGCAGAGUGCCGAGCUGGAGUUUAAGGUGCACUAACACAGAAGAAAGUCAUUUAGGAACCUAUCUGUCCUCUUCUCUUUUUUUUUCCCUCCCGUCUACUCGUCCAUCUCUUUUCAUUCUUUAAUCAAUCUUCCCCCGUCUGCGUCCCGAUCCACCUUCACCUGCUCUCUCCUCUCCUCAUCGCCUCUUCCCUCUGUCUCUCUCCAUCUUUGAUCGAUGUCCGUUUCUCCUUGCCAGUCUCGCUCACUCAGACGUCCAUGUAGACUUAGAAAAUAGCGUCUCUAGGUAUGCCGGGGGUGCGCCGAUGGCCCUCUGCAGCUCUCCGUAGUUUUCGGGAGAGGAAUCCAUUUUGCUGUUGUCCUACCCGUAGACAGUUACGUCUGUGAUAGUUUUUGUACACCUUUUCUGGGAACGUUCAGGGAUCGUGCUUUUCGUACUUUUGCCCCGCAUUGUCGUUAAUUGCCACCUAGCCGGCAGCUGAGAAAGCUAACAGCCAGGCUAGUGUGUCUGUAAGCUAGCUAUACUACAAAGAGUAAGGUGACCUACACUGGGGUCAGUUGUUGCGUGUUGUCUCUUUCUUUUUUUUAAUUUCAUUCCCAAAGGUCAUGGUUGGGAUUCGGGGUAACUAAGCUGGUCCUCGAUCAGAGACUAAGAUUGACUUCAUGCUGUAGCAAACCUGGUUUUAAAUACCAGUCAAUUGUUGGGUAAAUUGUGAGGUUUGUGCCAUGUAUUGAUAUCAUAGCACAAGACGAGUUGAAUCAACCUCAGAUGAGUUUUUCGGACAAAUUGGUGACACGGUUGAUCCCAGGUUUGCCCUGCAACGCAAUUCAGCUUUGCCAACGAUGCCCGGUGACGUCUGCAGACCAGAGGACUGAGUUUGUCUCUUAGAGCUUGUCCAUUUUGGAAAGUUUAGUUUUGAUUUGCAUCUAACCCCAGUCUAAUUCAGCUCUGUGAGUGGAGAAAGGAAUGUCCACCUCAUAAUCUGAGCGUGUAGUGUCUUUAAAAACUAAUGGACCUGUAUUUGCCUGUAAUUUAUCGUCCUGUCCUUUGUCUUAGUUAAUGUGCUAGCAUGUAGCUUGCAUGUGAAAAGGUUGGAAUUACUGUAGAUAGCGUCGGACAUGAGAAGUGCACCGCAGACGAGCUUCUCUCCUGAGACGAGAGCGGCGGUCUUAGUGACUGAGCUGCCUACCGUCCUCUGAUCUGCAGACGAGCUGCGGGCCGUGGCCCCGUUUAACCCACCUGUACCCCGGGUCUACGUGGGGCCAGCCCCCUUCGGCUUUUAUCCAGCACUGCUAGAUGUUAAAGAUGUCGGGUUACAGUGGCGUUGAACCGGGACAGGAAAUGAGUCAAGUUCAUGUUUCAUUGCAUCAGUGCAGUAACAACUAUCUGUCACCAGAUGCCAGCAAAUAGCAGCAUUUGUUUUUCUUCUCGGGUCAGACCAAGCUGUCCUACCCCGCCGCUUGUAUCUCUCACCAACUCCUGCUCAGGCAGUCGCACACCAACUGCCACUCAUCUCUUUCUUUUUGUAGUAUAAACAAAUUGAUUUUUAAAUUAUGUUUUUAUAAAAGGUGUGCAUAAUCUUAAAUGUAUUACUUUCAAUUCAAUUGAUAAUCAAUUUCUUUUUUUAAAUGAUUAGAUACUCCAACACUUGAAGGUUAGAGGUUUAGUUUUUUGCGUAUUUUAUUAUUUCGACAGUCUGCCAUUUUUAUAUAAUUUCGUGUAUAUAGUGUUGCCUUUACUGGAUACUUUUACAAGCGCACCUAUACACACUUGCACACACACAGGGUACACACACGUCCACACACAUAUCUGGAUAUGCACGGCAGGCAUGUUGUCUGUGACGUUAGUGUAUUUAUGUAUAUAUGUGUGUGUAUGUGCGUGUGUUUGUGUAUGAGUGUGUGGUGUGUAUAAUUGACCCAAACAGACUCCGGAGACACUAUUAUGUGUGUUGCGUUCACGAAAUGUUAUUUUAAUGACUAAAACAAUGUCUUUGUUUAGCGUUAUUUUUUUGGAUGACAAGUCUUCCUUUUGAAUAAAUAUCCAUAUCACAUGAAAAAUAGUGCUGUCAUGUAUGUUAAUUUGUACUAUGGCUGAUGAUGUCAUCGAGGCGAGACCGAGCCACGCGCCGUGGAGGGUUCGCGUCUGUUGGCUGUUAUAUUCAUACAGUAUUUGUUUUUUGUUACAAUGCCGGUUCAGUUGUUGACUUCAAAUAAACAUGCAUUUGGGUUAACUUCA